GUCAACAAAAAGAGGAAAGAGACGGGAAGAGGAAAAAAAGUCAUGAAAUCAAGUGCAACAUGGAUUGUGGUGGCGGGUGGGGUAACCUUGCACAAGAGAGCACAGACCACCGGUUUCGGUGAACGCAAGGUGAGCAACUGCAACACUCACUGCAAUCGAUUGAAGCAUCCUUGUCUCCAGGUCUCCACUAAAAAGUUUCUGUCCCACCCGGCCUGUGCAACUGCAGACAACAACUGCAAAGUGCAACUCCAUUUGUUUUGUUUGGUGAUACCGAGAUAACAUCGACAGCCACAUCAACACCGGGAACAGGCAGCCUUUAAGCACUUCAACUACCACGACAGCACUCUGCUACGAUCACCACCACCACGUCACCACCCAACGAUCGGUCACAGUUAAUCCGACAUCAUGGGUAGCGUCGCGGAAAAGGCACGCUUCUACCUCGAACGGGCAGCUCCCCAGCUCCGCGAGUUCGAGGAAAAGGAAAUCUUCAACAAAGAUGAAAUCCGCUCCCUCGUCACCAAACGCUCCGACUUUGAGCAUCUCGUCCUCUCCCCGGGCACCAAACCCUCCGACUUCCUCUCCUACGUCCAAUGGGAACGCUCGAUGGACCGUCUCCGCGCCAAGCGCUGCAAACGUCUCAAGAUCCGUGGUUCCAACCCCCGCCCCUCCGAGGCCCGUGUCUUCGGUAUCUUCGAGCGCGCCGUCAUGAAACACCCCGGAUGCAUCCCGCUCUGGAUCGCCUACCUCGACUUUGCCGCCGAGAUCAAGGCCACGAAGCGAUGGCGCCGGGUUAUCACCAAGGCUAUCCGUAUGCACCCGAGGAGCGCAGUGCUGUGGACGAUGGCGGGACGCAAUGCGGCGGUGCACGGCGAUAUGGAGAGGGCGAGGGCGUAUUUCCUAAGAGGGUGCAGGUUCUGUACUGGGGAGGUUAGCCUGUGGGUGGAGUAUGCGAGAUGCGAGAUGGAGUGGUUGGCGAGGAUAGAGGCCAAGAAGGGCGGGAAGGGAGUGCGGAGGGGAGUCAACCCGAUCGAAGCUAUCAAGGCUACUGAGGGGACUGAGAUCGAGGGUGAUCACAUCGCGCUGGACGACUCGGACGAGGAUGACGAACUCGACGGUGACGAACUCAUCUUACCCGACCCCGAUGCCGGCGAAAAGAAGAAGAAACCCGUCUUCGACGCCGAAGCCACCCGCAAGCUCGAACAAUCGCCCGCUCUCUCGGGCGCCAUCCCAAUGGCUAUCUUCGACAUUGCCAAGAAGCAGCCGUUCUACGCCGCUGUAGCAUGCGAAGCCUUCUUCGACAUGUUUGCCACUUUUGGCCAUGUCUCUUGCCAAUCCAAGAUUACCCAGCACGUGUUGUCCGCUAUGGAGGAAAGCUUCCCCAAGUCGGCGUGCACUGCGAGCUGCUUUAUCAGGCAACCGCUUAUUGGCGUGGAUAUCAACACGCCGGAGUUCCCCAAGGCUCUGCGCGAGUCGUUGGCCAGGCUGCGCAAGGCGUACGCGGAGCAGACGGAGGAGAAGAAGGCGCUUGCUGGAAAGAUUGUGGAUUGGGCCAGCAAGAUCCUGGAGAUCGAGAGCUUGGAUCCCGCGAUCAGGACGGUGUUGGAGGCUACAAAGAAGGGGUUGGAGGCUACAAAGAAGGGGUUGGAGGGGGAGUUGGGACAAGAGAAGGCUUAGAGGUAGAAUUGGUUGAUGAUACCCAUGAAAGAGUAAUUAGUUCGUCGUUGAUUUUUGCAUUAUAUGGUUGGUUUAUCACUCGAG